AAUAAGUUUGGUUUCACGAUCCUAUUUUCUGAUUUGUGGCCACUUGUUUGUGGAAAUAAACCAGUAGAUGUUUGUCAUUUUUAACCGUCCAAUAAAUGUUAAAAAAUCUGAUAGUAAGUUAAUCAAAUAAGAGUAAUUUAUUGGUUUAUGAUACAUCUGAAACUGAAUAAAUAAAUUGGACAGUUAAUUUGAAUUAUUUGUAUGCCAUGUAAUGUAAUUUCUGGGUAACUUAUAAGUUCUGAAUAUCAUUCAUCACACGCUGCAAUAAAAACAACCGUUGAUUCCAACGUAAAAAAAAAAAAAAGAAAAGAAAAAGAGAGAAAAAAAAGAUACAUAAAAAUGAAAGAGAAGACAACAAAGGAAAGGGAAAAGGAGCCUUCAAAAAUCAGUAGCAGUAGCAGAUCUACUGGCUGCUACUGGUUUGCAUUUCAAGCAUUUCAAAUCCAUGGCCUCUGUCUCUUCAUCAUCUCCACUUCUUGUAUUUGCAAGAAUCUCAGCUCUUAUAGUAGCAAUCCUAGUCCUCAUUUGGGCCCUUGCCUUCCAAACAAGCUUCCUGCCUCAUUCCUCUUCACAUGAAGAUCUCAUCUACUCUGUUUUGCAUCCUCUUUUGAUGGUGAUUGGGUUCAUACUAGUCAGUGGGGAAGCUAUUCUAGUGCAUAGAUGGCUUCCGGGAUCAAGGAGUAUGAAGAAAUCAGUGCAUCUGUGCCUGCAAGGGAUGGCACUUGCAUUUGGCAUUUUCGGUGUAUGGACAAAGUUUCAUGGAAAGAAAGGGAUUGUGGGCAACUUCUACAGCUUGCAUUCAUGGAUGGGAUUGAUCUGCGUCUCCUUGUUUGGUGCUCAGUGGAUGAUGGGAUUCUUGAGCUUUUGGCACCGUGUCGAGGUGCGCUCCACAAGGGUUACCGUCCUACCUUGGCAUGUCUUUCUUGGUCUCUACACAUAUGGCUUGGCCGUGGUCACUGCCGAGACGGGUCUACUAGAGAAGCUGACAUUCUUACAAACGAAGCGGAACGUGUUGAAACAUUCACCUGAGUCUAUGGUCGUGAACAGCUUGGGAUUAAGCCUCGCCUUCCUCGGUGGCAUUGUGAUAUUAGCUGCCAUUUCUCCUAAGUAUCAGAAUCCAAAACCAAUACAUUCAGACGGUAAGCGGGUUUCAUUGUAGAUAAUCAUAAUCGGAUGAGGUUUUGCAAUUAUACAAAGUUGUUUUGUGCCUUU